AUGGCGCCCCGUCGUCGAGCAGCUCUUGCUGCCCAGGCCAACAUGGCGGCCUUUGCGGCCCAAGACACAGAGGCCGACAUCGAGAGCCCUGUCCCGGCGCCCAAGACGCUGAAGUCGGCCAAGAUACCGAAGGCUGCGAACGCGAAGGUCUUGAAGCCAUUGAAGAAGAUCAAGCCAGCCAACGCCAAGGCUGACAGCAAGGGACCGGCCUACAAGCCCGCUCAGCGAAAGCAAUCCGAACCCAAGAAUCCAGACGGAAAUCCAAUCCCUCUUCUCUGCUGCGUUUGUCCCAGCACCCCGCGCUUUUCGGACGUCUCCCACCUUCUUACCCACCUGAGCUCCAAGGGACAUCUCCACAUCCUGAACACCACGAGACUUACCUCUUUGGCCGACUUCUCUGCUCUUCAGACAAUCACAGACUUCGACAAGUGGUACGAUGCCAAUGGUCUUCACCAGCUGCUGGCAGAGCGUCUCAAGGCGGCAAAGGAUGGAAAGGAGAGGGGCAAGCGUGCCGGACAGCCUCUGGUCCAGCCCCUCAAGAAGAAGAAGACCCUUGCAUCGGUCAAGACCGAGAUUGACGGCGAUGCUCCUUGGACUCCGUCUAAGGCGAAGAAGAAUGGCAGUUUCGCGCACCAGCAGGACAUCACUUUCUACGGAGAUCAUGGCGAAACCUCGGUCAUGUCACCCACCGAAAGUAUUCCGGAUAACACGGAGUAUAUUUCGGAGGCUAUGCGACUCAAGGGUAUCGUCUGGCCCGGCAUGAGUCUGUUCGAUGCUGCGACCCCGGAACAGAGGAAGAAGAGAAACCAGCGCAAGGACGCCUCUGUUAUCCAGCAGAUGAAGCUCGACUCUCAGGCCGUGACUUCGGUGGAGUUGGUAGCCAACCUCACGUUGGAGGUCGAGAGAACCCGUGAUGUCUACGACGCACCAUCUGUCGAGGGUACUCCGCCUGCCAAAAAGCCUCGGGGACGCCAGAGGCGUAACAACGUCGCCCGGGAAGAAGAUCUUGGCAGUCCCGUCAAGCCGGAGCCAGAGUCGGAUGAUGAGCUCCCUAAGCAGACUACUCGCGCCAGACGGGGACGAGCCAAGAAGGAGUUGAAGGUGCAAGUCGCGGCCCCCGAGCCCAGCCCCUCCCCUGAGCCCGUCUACGAGUAUCAGUCGGAGAGGUUCGAGGUUGCCAGCAACGAAGGUGCCAGUUACCAUGGGUCCGAGACUGCCCCCAGUGCCGACACGAGCCUUGUCGCCGAUAUGACGGCUGAUGUCGGCGGCGACGCUGACUCCGAAGACGAGGCCGAAGUCGACAGCUUUGAUGCAGAGAUGAACACCUCCGAGUUUGCGGAGCAAAUGAACAACUUCACCCGUUCCUUCACCAUCCCCGAGUCGGAUGUCUUCCACGAUGGUUCUGCAGGACAAAUGAGAGCCCGUCCCGAGUACAUGCAGCAAGCUAGGUCGGCAUUCGAUCUCCGCAACCGCAUUCCCCUCCAAGCGAUGAAUCCGAAUUCGAGCAUGAGCUUGGCCUCCCCUACCCCUGCUGCCAAGCAGCUUUCGUAUCGAAACUUCACAGGACAUGAAAAUAACCUUGGCUUGCAGGACCAGGGACUUGGAAACCACAGUUACAUUGGUGGCCCAAACACCCACUUGAAUCAGAGAAGACUUCCCAUGGGUACCAUGAACAACUUCAACAACUACCCUCAGCCGCACUCGCCCGACAUCGCCUACCAGCAAGACUACCCCAACCAUUGGCUUCCCCUUGCCUCGCGUGGCCCGACCGCUGGAUUCAACCCCAUCAAUGGUCACUCGAACCAACAGCCUUUCUUCGGCAACCACUUUUUCAAUAUCGCAGCCAACACCUUCGCCGACAAUGACCAUAGCCAGGCCAUGAGCAUGUUCAGAGAUGGUGUCUGA